UUUGGAGCAAGGUGAGUUAAUGAUGACAGAAUUUUCAUUUUUGGGUGAAGUAUCACUUUAACUCAGAUCCAUGUUCAUGUUGAGCUACAGGACAAUAAGCACCAUGGGUACAAGAGGGUGCAUGAGAUGCAUCUGGGCCUGUGUUCUAAAAAUCUGUUACAAUUACUGAACAGAAUCGGUAUGAUGAGAUAAGUUGUUUGGGAUAAUAGACAUUUUAGCUCAAUUAACCAUAUACAAGCAUAUAAAAAGAGAACUAUUUUAAUCUGUUAAGUGUUCGAUUUUAUUAAAACGGUCUUUUAAAGAGAUAUAUCAACAGAACGCAACGACAGUAUUUAUUUCAUACAAUGUUCAGUCUUUGCAGACCAUUAUACUGAUGCAAAAACAUUUAGCGCUUUUAAAACGUAUAAAUAGGCUAGUUUUAAAAAUGUAAUGUUUGAAUAUUAUUUUUCAACAACUUACUUCAUUAACAAAUUACAUUUAACAGAAAUAAAAAAAGACAUCUACACACACCACAUUCUACGUCAGGUAGCAGUUUUCACACGUUAAAACCUUUGACACAUUUUUCCCUCAUUGUUCACACAUGAUGAGUCAACAACCACCAGUGUUAAUAUUCGUUUACCUGUCCAUUGCAUUGGCUGGACAUGUACGGAUAUAUAAGGGGCAGAGAACACAAAAUCUCCCUGCAUUCUCUUCUGCUUUCACGAGGCUCUUAGUUUUAAAUAGACAUACUGAAAAGAUCUUUCAGGUAAGUGAUAAAUUAUCUACUUUGUGAAUCGGGUCACUGAUAAAAGCAUUAAAAAGCAAAAAGCAGUUUUUUGAUGGAACUGAAUGACUAACAGCACAGACGUAUUGUUAUUAAUUCUGUAACCGUAACUUUCUGAUUAUUUCUGUUCAACACAGCCAAAUAAUUUUACACAUCCCAUCCCAACUCACAAUGAUCCGCCCAGCUACCCUGGGGAUUUGGCUUCUACUGUUCUUUCCUAAUCUAACCAGCUCAGCAUGCUUCUUGGGGAAAGCAGCCGUCUGUCAAGAUGCUGAGUUUGCACCAGGGUCUGACCUGGCUGGUGAGGGCUUCGACAUCACUAAGAUGCAACGCCUAGGAGCUUUUGUUAUUGAUAUGAGCAAAUGGGAGCUCGAGAACAACACAUGUAACCUGUGCAAAAACCCGUUCAUGCAGGGCAAAAAGCAGAAGCUCCCAAAGUCGGUGAUAGACUGGCGCCCCAGCCAAAAAUGCAGAAUGUCAUUGUCCAGUUCUGUAUACGAGUCUAGUGAGUCGCUGGUCAGUUCCAGUGUCUCUUCUGUAGAGAACAACUGGAAGGCUGGCCUUGAAAUAGGUAACAUUUUGAGUAAAGCAUCGGUGACAUUCGCUGGAACUAACUCUAGACUCGCUGAUUAUUCCCUGGCAAAGACCAAGAAGGACAAGUUCAGCUUUAUUAAACAGUCGGUGUCAUGUGCAUACUACAGAUACAGGAUCUCCAGCAAGUCUUCCGUUCAUCCCGAACUGAGUUAUGAAUUUACAAACCUUCCAGCAAUCUACAACAACCAAACGAAAGAAAGCUACUGGUCAUUUGUUGAAAGGUUUGGCACUCAUUACAUUACAAAGGUGAAACUGGGUGGAGCUGCACAGUCUGUGACUAGUGUCAAAGAAUGCAUGGCUAGUCUACAGCACCUUAGUACCGAAGAGGUUAAAACAUGUCUGGAUGUUGAGGCAUCUGUAAGCGUAAGGGGGAGGGUCGGUGUAAAUACAGCAUACCAUCACUGUAAACAGGCCAGAGACAAAAAACUGAACAAGGACAGCUUUGCUCACACUUUUAGUGACAGGUUAUCGGAGAUCACUGGGGGUCAUACUGAAGACCCUGCCCUUCUCUUCUCAUCCAGUAAUGACCCUGGCGCUUACAAACAGUGGCUCUCCUCAGUACCAGGAAAACCUGAUGUGAUUUCCUUUUCAUUGAAGCCCCUUCAUGUUUUGCUGCCGGUCAAGAACCCUAUGCAAAGCCACUUACGUCGAGCCAUUCGUGACUACAUACUGCAGAGGGCCCUUUGGAGGAACUGCUCUACCCCGUGCAGGGUCGGAAUCGCAAGAAACCCCAAGGAACCUUGUGAGUGCAGCUGCCAUAACAACCCAGCAGUGAAAGCCAACUGCUGCCCGGUACAGCUUGGAUAUGCUCAGAUCACCGUGGUUGCGGUGAAAGCAACAGGUCUAUGGGGAGAUUACUCCUCAAGUACAGAUGGGUAUGUGAAGGUCCUGAGAAAUCACAAGAUUCUUUUAGGGACAACAGCAGUGAUUUGGCAUCAGAACUCACCUACUUGGAACUGGGCCUUUAAUCUUGGUAACAAUGUUCUGUCCAAGAUUGGUGUUUUGAGACUAGAGGUAUGGGAUAGGGACAGCGGGUGGGAUGAUGAUCUGCUGGGGGCAUGUAAUAUUCAGCUUAAAGCAGGUAAUACAUCUAACUUCUGUAGACUUAACCAUGGUGUGUUGUACUAUAAUACCCAAGUAACUUGUGCUCCUGGUUUAACUGGCUCCUCAUGUUCUGAGUACACUGGCUUUCCAAUGUCCACUGCUCUAGAGAACAUAUACGUGUCACGACACGCCCGGCCUCUUCCGAAAGAUGUGCUGCUGAAAAUGGGGGUGCUGUUAGAUGAACGCCGCGUUUUGUUUGGCCAAAGCGGUGAUCUUAAAAGUGAAGCAAUGAUUUUUAAAGGGAGAGAGGAAAAGCACAAAAUGAGUGAAAACUUUCUCUAAUAAUAAUCUAUGCAUUACAGAAUUUGCGAUUUCUAAAGAGCAAUAAUUGGCCCUUUUCACAUUGUUUAUUCUUUGUGUCUUAAUACCUUUAUAUGUGCUAUAUUCUGUCAA